GGUCCUUACCCACGUGAGUCAGAGGCAACACGUUGGUGGCGCACAGAAGAAGCCAGCGUUUUGUGUUGUUGCCUGUAGCACACUGUUCAGCAGACGUUUCUCCGCGUUGUUCUUCUCUACGAACAUGGGGAGAAGGAGCAGACAGAGGCAGAGGAACCCCAACCCCAACCCUGGCAGGGAAAACGCGGGAUGGGGAGCUGGCUACGCUGACAUUGUGAAAGAGAACAAGCUGUUCGAACAGUACUAUAAGGAACAAGGGCUGGUCCCUGAAGGAGAGUUUGAGCAGUUCAUGGAGGCCAUGAGGGAACCGCUGCCAGCCACCAUACGGAUCACUGGGUAUAAGAGUCAUGCUAAGGAGAUCCUUCACUGUUUGAAGGAUAAAUACUUCAAGGAUCUCCAGGAGCUGGACAUUGAUGGCCAGAAGAUUGAAGCUCCUCGGCCUCUCAGCUGGUAUCCUGAUGAGCUAGCCUGGCACACCAACAUGAGCAGGAAGAUCAUCAGGAAGUCUCCUCUGCUGGAGAAGUUUCAUCAGUUUCUUGUUAGCGAGACAGAGUCUGGAAACAUCAGUCGUCAGGAGGCGGUCAGCAUGAUCCCCCCUCUGCUCCUGAAGAUCCAGCCCCAUCACAAGAUUCUGGACAUGUGUGCAGCUCCGGGCUCAAAGACGGCCCAGCUGAUUGAGAUGCUUCACGCUGACAUGGAUGUACCAUUUCCAGAGGGCUUUGUAAUCGCCAAUGACGUGGACAACAAGCGCUGCUACCUGCUGGUGCACCAGGCCAAGCGCCUGAACAGCCCCUGCAUCAUGGUGGUCAACCACGAUGCCUCCUGCAUCCCUGCUCUUCAGGUUGACUCAGACUCCAAGAAGGACGUCCUCCUCUACGACCGUGUCCUGUGUGACGUCCCCUGCAGUGGUGAUGGGACCAUGAGGAAGAACAUAGAUGUGUGGAAGAAAUGGACAACCAGCAACAGCCUGCACCUGCAUGGGCUCCAGCUGCGGAUCGCUGUGCGAGGUGUGGAGCAACUGGCAGUUGGAGGCCGGAUGGUGUACUCUACAUGCUCUCUGAACCCCAUUGAGGAUGAAGCCGUCAUUGCUGCUCUGCUGGAGAAAAGUGAAGGUGCGUUGGAGCUGGACGAUGCCUCUGCAGACCUGCCAGGACUGAAGUACAUGCCGGGAGUCGCUUCUUGGAAGCUCAUGACCAAGGAGGGUCAGUGGUAUAGCGACUGGUCCGAGGUUCCCAAAAGUCGUCACACACAGAUCCGGCCCAGCAUGUUUCCCCCCAAAGGUCCAGAGAAAGUGGCCAGCAUGCACCUGGAGAGAUGUAUGAGGAUUCUUCCACAUCAUCAGAACACUGGAGGUUUCUUCGUGGCGGUUCUGGUGAAGAAAGCUCCGAUGCCCUGGAACAAAAGACACCCCAAGCUCAGGAAAGACUUCUCAUCCAGCUCAGCAGCCAUGACUGGGGGUUCUCCAGUCACUCCCUCCCCAGAAGACACUCCCCAACUCCUUUCAGAGGAGGCAGACGGAGGCGUCCCAGUGGAGACAGUAGAUGGGGCAGCACAGCAGGAGGCGCUUCAUGGUGCACCGAAGGAGGCUGGUGCUGGGGGAGACGGGGCGUGUGGACCCCCACCCUCUAAAAAGCUGAAACUGUUUGGUUAUAAAGAAGACCCCUUUGUGUUCCUGACUGAAGAUGACCCUGUCUUCAGCGCCAUCCAAUCUUUUUAUGAUCUGUCUCCUGACUUUCCAAAGCUCAAUGUUCUGACAAGGACCCACGAGGGCAAGAAGAGACACCUGUACAUGGUGUCUAAGGAGCUCCGCAACGUUCUGCUCAACAACAGUGAGCGCAUAAAGGUCAUCAACACUGGAGUGAAGGUGUGGUCUCGUAACAGCGAUGGGGAGGAGUUUGGCUGCGCCUUCAGACUGGCUCAGGAGGGCAUCUACACUCUUCAACCGUACGUUUGCUCCAGGAUCAUCCGAGUCGUGAUGAAUGACAUCAAAGUGCUCCUGACCCAGGAAAACCCCUUCCUCAGCAAACUGGAGGAGGAUGCUCAUGCUCAGGCCAAGCAGAUGGGAAUGGGAAGCGUAGUCCUGAAGUUCAUCCCAAACUCAGAUAACCCCACAGAGCCUCAGUGUCCCAUCCAGCUGUGCGGCUGGAGGGGAAAGACGUCGAUCCGAGCCUUUGUCCCUCGCAAUGAGCGGCUUCACUACCUCCGGAUGUUAGGAGUGGAGGUCUUCAGGGACAAGCAAGGCCUGGGGCAGAAAAAGGAGGAAGGGGGACCGCAAGAAUGGAAGGGAGUAGAGGGGGAGAAGGAGAAAGAGGAUGAUGAUGCAGCAGAGGUGGAAAAAGAGGUGGAGCCAGGGGACGGCAGUGAAGACGGAUCUUCAGGAGCAAAGAAUGGUAGCAGUUCAAGGAGGAACGUCAGCUAAGGAAGGUUGGAGUCCAAGACCUCAUCCUCUGCUGGAGCUUUUAGUUUUUUAUUAUUUUUACUCACCUUUUUAUUUUCUACUUCCUGUUUUAAGUUGAAGCUUUUUUCAUCCAUUGAUGACUGAACAAAUUCCCAGUAAUUGUCUGAUUUUCACAGCGAUACUGAAAGGGUAAAAAGAUUUAUGUUGAAUCUGUUCAGUUUUCCAACCUGAAAAGUGAGGAAGCUCAAUAAGUAUGUCUUGUUUAUUAUGGGAUGUCACAUCUGAUGGCAUUUCAGCUGCAGUUACCUGAUAAAAAUGUUCUAGAUAAGAUGUGUUGUGAUUACAUUUAGGCUCCACUGGACUGCACAUUUAUACAAGCAGAUGGUGAUUCUUAAGUGUGGACAUUUGAUAUCUAAAUGUUUUUAUUUUCUGUUAAAUGAAAAUAAUAGUAAUGCAGAUCUUAGAAGAUCUGUUUGAUGCUUAUUGGCUUCAGAAAAGCCUGGCAGUAUCUAUGCAUUUGUAAUAUUUGAUGAAACUCCAUGAAUAUGGUCAUUUCUUUUUCUAAAUCCUAGCAAAGUUCUCUAAUUGGACUAAUCUGGACAUGUUAACAGUUUUAGACACGGAACAGUUUUCAGAAGACUCACCUCAACAAUGGAUAUUUCCUUUGAUUCAUGCUGAAUCAAAAAAACUUUCAGGUUAUUCAAAACAAAACUAUAAAUGAUUGGUGUUAAAAUAGAAUCAUUGGUAAUGAAACGGCAGAUGGAGGUGCUGUUUUGAUGCCACGUGUCUUUAGACUUUAAUAAAAGAUAAAACUAGACGUGUGGCUUCCUGCAGAAGUCGCCUCAGUUGUAGGUGUAGCUGAACAGGCGGUGGAAGCUUUUGUUGAGCUACUAGCCUAGAAAAAUCCUGUUCAAAUAAAAUAGUUUGAACCUC